AUGCCAGUUUCAGCGGCCGAGAAAAUCGACUGCACCAAGUUUAACAAAUCAUGCAGCGAUUGCACAGGGCAUUCGGAGUGUUACUGGUGUUCUUCUACAGGAAAAUGUAACAAUUAUCCCGGCUGGACGAAGAUUGUCCCUCGAGAUUGUCCCAGCAAGAAGUGGUUUUACGGUCAAUGUCGGCUUUCGGGGAGUGUUCUCAUAAUUUUAAUUCCAUGUCUUGUCGGCGUCUUCUUGUUGUUUCUCGGCUGCUGCAUCUACUGUUGCUGCUGUCGCCGUUGCCAAAAGUGCAAGAAAAAGCGCCUGGACAAAGAGGAUGCAAAACUAAAGCAAAAACGGGAAGAAAUGCGGGCCAUCCACUCUCAAAAGCGAAGCGAAAGGGAAGUAAAGAGAGAUGAAAUUCGCAAGAAGUAUGGUCUUCGUCCUGGUGGUUCGUCUGGAUAUCAGCGAAUAGAAGAUUCCUAA